UUUUGCUUUAAAAUAAGUUUUAUGUGUUUGUGAUUUUAAUUUUAUAAACAAAAAUGAAAUUAUCCACACCAAGAUACACAUUUUGCGUAGCUAGUCAACUUACUUUUAUGUUUUGUGAUCUUGUUUUUAAUUGUGUUAGUUUAUUUCCAAAAAGCCGCGAUGGUUUGCUCGUUUUGUUUAUAUUUCAGGAUUUGUUUCUUGUUCUCUCCGUCACGACGAUGCUUAUGACAUUUUUCUCGACAUACUUAUUUCAAGCAGGUCUGGUAGAAGUGCUGAUACGCAAGUUUCGCGCCGCAGGUUCUGUUAUAAUGGCAUAUGUGGUAGCCAGUGUAAUUCUGCAUGCCGUCUGGCUUCUAGAAAAGUGGAAUGAUCCUGAAUCCAUUUCUACGCCAAUGCUCAUUGUUCUGUUUACGUUACAGAGAUGUUUAUCACCAUGGUAUUACUUCUUCUACAAGCGAGCAGCUCUGAGAGUCAGCGACCCACGUUUCUAUGAGGACAUAGACUGGAUCAAUCAGCAACUGCAGUCACAUUAAAAUAGUUAUAUAUAUUUAAGGUUAAAUAGUCAUGAAAAAUAAAUCUAGUCAACAUUGA